AUGCAUUUGCGAGAUGAUCAAAAAGCUCUGCAGAGCAUUGCAAAAAAUUGUAAUGGAGGAGUACCUCAACUCAAAGUAACAGAUAUAUUUCAUCUGAAUGUACCUGCUGCUUCACGUUUGCCGAAUUGUGUUGCUCUUAAUGAGCCAGAAGUUCAGGAUAAAAUUGAUUCUUCGCCUAAGGAUGAAGUGGAACAUAUUAAAAGUGUUUCCUGUUGUGAUGACGAUAUACAUACAUUUAAACCAACUGAAGCAGAUCAAUGUCAAAAUGGCUCAUUCAGUCAAUUGAAAGAAUUGAAAAACAGCACUCUUAACGAUACACAGGAUUGUGCCACAUUUGAAAAUCUUCGCAUUCAUAAUGAUUCUUUAAAAAAUUUCGAAUUUUCGGAAAUCGUUAACGUAGAAGAAGACGAUAACUCCAAUGAAAUAAAAUGAAACUGCCAAUGAUAUUGACUCAUCUUACCCCGUGGGAGAACAUACAUUUGGGACAGACGAUAAUAUUGUAAUGAAAUUAAUGACCCCAAUUACACAUUACUAGAGUCAGGCGAUGAUGAAGAAGAAUUAGAGCUGAAUAUCAGUAAAAACCCGCCAAAAAAGUUAAGACAAAGAGACAAGAACCAUUCGGAUGCUGAGAAUGCUUCUUAUAACAAGUCAGCCAAUUCAACAGAUCUGGAAUCAUCAAUACUGCGGAACGUUGAAGGAACUUUGGUUUUAGACGAUUUAAACCUUAAAGUGGAUCCGUCCUAACCACAGUCAGUUGAGAAAAAGGAACCGCAAAGACGAAUCUGGGAGAAACUAGAGUGUGGACAAUUUCACCUCUCCCGGCUGAACAUGUUCAGCGUCUACCCUUAUAAUAAAAAAUUGUAUGCAUAUUUAUGGCUGAAAAC